AUGAGGAUCUUUUUACUUCUAGACAAAUCAGUGAAAACUAAAGUGAAGCUUGGUAAAGGAGAGAUGGUCCAGGCUAAAGGCAAAGGUACCAUUGCUAUGCAGACUAUAAAAGUUGCUAAGGUUACAAUGGUUGAGAAUAGUUUUCCAUUAAUAUCUGAAAGCUUGAAUCAGCAUGUUUAUAGUUCAAAGGUUGACGAAACUUGGUUGUGGCAUAAGAGAUAUGGGCAUUUUAAUCUUGCUUCUCUGAAGUUUAUGCAAACUCAUAGUAUGGUGAGGGAUAUUCCUACUAUAAGUGUCUGGUUCCUCAACCUGGUUGACAACAAGUUCUAUGGUGAAAUUCCCCUGGAAGUUGGUCGCCUAUUCAGAUUGAGAAUUCUUGACCUGUCAAACAACACACUAGGUGGAGAAAUUCCACUCAAAAUCACCUACUCCUCAGAGCUCAAGGUUUUGAAUUUAACAAGAAACAGGCUGGAGGGAAAAAUUCCUGCUGAGCUGGGCUCUUUAAAGAAGCUUGUAACACUUAGGCUUGGAACAAAUAAUCUCACAGGAGAGAUCCCACAAUCCCUUGGAAACCUUUCCUCUCUCAAGGUCUUUUCUGUAGGCUUUAAUAAUCUGCACGGAAAUAUUCCUAGCGAAAUGGGACAAUUAACAAGUUUAAUCAUCUUUGUGAUCAACUUCAACAAUCUAAGUGGUACAAUCCCUCCCACCCUUUAUAAUAUCUCAUCUAUCAGUCUCUUUUAUACUUCAUCAAACCAACUGAGUGGCAGUCUCCCAGCGAACCUAGGCCUCACUCUUCAUAACCUGCAACAACUUGCCAUGGGUGGCAACCAGUUUCAUGGAAGCGUUCCUGUUUCAUUGGCCAACGCUUCUCAGCUUCAAGAUCUUGACAUCUCUCGCAACUUUCUCACGGGACAAGUUCCUACCAAUCUGGGAAAUUUGAAUGAUCUUCAGCGGUUUAGUUUGGGGCACAACUUUCUGGGAAAUAGCACGAGUCAAGAUUUUAAUUUCAUAACAUCUUUGUCAAACUGCAGCAAUCUAAAAAUUCUAUUUUUUAGUGCAAAUAAUUUUGGUGGCUUGUUACCUACUUCCAUAGCCAAUUUGUCUACACUUUAUGUAUUAGGCAUGGGAAGUAAUCAUAUAUCAGGUAAAAUCCCAAUAGGGGUUGAGAAUCUUGUCAAUUUGUACGAAUUAGCCAUGGAGAUAAACCUUUUUUCUGGUGUUAUUCCUUUUUCAUUUGGGAAGCUUGGAAAGCUGCAGUUAUUGAAUUUAGGAGGAAACCUACUGUCUGGUGAAAUCCCAACAUCCCUAGGUAAUAUCACCCAGCUAUAUCAGCUUUAUUUAGAUGAAAACAAAUUAGAAGGAAAAAUACCUUCUAGUAUUGGGAACAUCCAAUUCCUCAAACGGUUGGAUAUUUCACAGAAUAAGCUGAUUAGUAUCAUACCACAACAGAUCUUUGGUCUCUUCUCUCUAUCAGAACUUCUCGACUUAUCACAGAACUCAUUGACAGGUUCCUUGCCCACCCAAGUUGGCGUCCUGAAAAAUAUUUAUGCAUUAGAUGUUUCAGAGAACAAGUUAUCUGGCAAAAUUCCUGAGACAAUAGGUGAUUGUUUGAGCCUAGAAAUCCUUAAUUUGCACACUAACUCUCUUCAAGGACCUAUUCCUUCAUCUUUUGCUUCCUUGAGAGGUCUCCAACACUUAGACCUGUCAAGAAACAACUUAUCAGGAAAAAUUCCAGAAGAUCUGGAGAGCCUUUCGGUUUUACAAUAUUUGAAUCUCUCUUUCAACAACUUUGAAGGUGAAGUGCCAAAAAAAGGAGUUUUUAGAAAUGCAACGACAUUUUCAGUUGUUGGAAACAGUAAGCUUUGUGGGGGGAUCCCUGAACUGCAGUUGCCACCAUGUCCUAUCCAAAAAAAGAAACAGAAAAAGACUUCCACAAUCAUAAUCCUUGUCACAACCAUCAGUUCAGUUGUGUUCUUCAUGACAAUAACCUGCCUCUGUGUUUUCUAUCGGCGAAAGUCGAGAAGGAAUCCUCCUUCCAUGCCUUUUAUUGCGGAUAAGCUGUUUCAAAUUUCAUACAAGGAACUCUUCCAGGCAACUGCAGGAUUCUCUCAAGAAAACUUAAUUGGACAAGGUAGUUUUGGCUUAGUAUAUAGAGGAAGUUUACUUCAGCAUGGAGACAAGUUAGUUGCGAUAAAGGUUCUCAAUCUUCAACAGCAUGGAGCUUCCAAGAGCUUCUUCGCUGAGUGCAAAGCAUUGACCAAAAUCCGACAUCGAAAUCUGGUAAAGAUCUUGACAUGCUGCUCUAGUAUUGAUUUCAAAGGCAAUGAUUUCAAAGCUCUAGUGUUUGAUUUCAUAGAAAAUGGAAGUUUGGAAAUGUGGUUGCAUCCAGAAGAAAGUGGUAUUGAUCAUUCACGGACUCUGAACCUUCUCCAAAGACUUCAUAUUGCAAUUGAUGUGGCUUCUGCACUGAAUUAUCUUCAUGACCAUUGUGAAGUGCCAAUCAUUCAUUGUGACUUAAAACCAAGUAAUAUUCUUCUUGAUAGUGACAUGACAGCUCAUGUUGGUGAUUUUGGAUUAGCAAGGUUCCUUACCAAAACAACCAGCUGCUCUUCUCAAGGCCAAACUAGUUCCAUUGGGAUGAAGGGAACAAUUGGGUACAUGGCUCCUGAGUAUGGCAUAGGCAGUGAGGCAACAAUAUCAGGAGAUGUUUAUAGCUUUGGGGUAAUUUUACUGGAGAUGUUCACAGGGAAAAGGCCAAUUGAAGAAAUGUUUACAGAUGGUCUAAAUCUCCACAAUUUUGUCAAAGCUAAGCUCCCAAGACGAGUCAUGCAAGUUGUGGAUCCAGUACUUCUCACAACAGGAGAACUAGGGACACCAACAAAUAUGGCAGAAAAUAUGGAUGACAAUGACAUUGAUGAUACUCAAAUAGAGAUCCAAGAACAUGAUUUCAGUAUUGAAAAUUUGGGAUCAAAGGGAGAGGAUGUGAAAAAAUGUGUGGUAUUAGUCCUUGAACUAGGACUUGCAUGCUCAGUAGAAGUACCAGGAGAUCGAAUGAAUAUGAGGGAUGUCACAAGAAAAUUGAAUUUCAUCAUGGAAGCUAUUCUUCGGCUGAGGACUCAGAGAGCCAAUUGA